AUAAAAAAAUAUAAGCACGAUGCACAUAACAGCUCAAAGUCCAAAAUUGGUCUUCACUUCGGGGCCGUGCAACGAUUCGUAGACCGUCAGUUCCGUACGAGAUGUCUAACAAGCUGGUUCUAUACACGCACACCAUCAGUCCGGCCGGCCGUGCGGUCGAGCUCACCAUCAAGGCAUUGAACCUUGACGUUGAGAUUAGAGAAAUGAACGUCUUCAAAGGUCAACAUAUGAACGAUGAGUACAAGAAACUGAAUCCGGUACAAACGAUCCCAACGCUGGAUGAUAAUGGGUUUUUGCUGUUUGAUAGCCACGCGAUUAUAAUUUAUCUGGCCCGCCGGUAUGGUGCUGGCUCGAACCUGUACACGGACGAUUAUGAGCAGCAGGCCCGUAUCAAUGCGGCCCUCUUCUUCGAAAGUUCGAUUCUGUUCGCCCGGUUGCGUUUCUGUACGGACAAUCUGACCGUGCUGGGAAAGAGUGAAAUACCGGAGGAAAACUUGCAGCGAGCGAUGGAGGGUUUGCAGCGAUUUGAGAGUCUGCUGCAGGCGGAUUAUGUUGCCGGCGAUCAUUUGACGAUCGCCGAUUUGAGCUGCGUUAGCAGUGUGACCACGUUACAUCUAAUGCUAAAGCCCGCACCGACAGAUUGUCCAAAAACUUUUGCUUGGAUCGAGCGAUUGGCCAAGUUACCGUACUACGAGGAGGUGAUGAGUCGUGGCCUGAAAGCUGCUGGUAAGCUGGUGCAGACGCUUAGUGCAAAAAAUAGUGCGUCGUUGUAAAGGGACCACCGUGUCAGUUGCAAAGAUGCUCCCGGUUUCUCGUUUUACCUACCUUUGAGGAGGGAAUCAAACACCGAACUGAACCCAACCAACCGACUUCAGUGUGGCCCGGAUUAAUUAAACUACUCUCGUCUCAGUAUAUCAUCAAUGUAUUU